ACUUAUUUCGUUGUGAUUGUUUCGAAUUAUUCGUUGCCUAUAUUUACAAAGUGCAAUGGCUAUACCAGAUUAUAAACUUAGUUCUGUUUUAUGUGGUCAUUCUAUGGAUGUUAGAUGUGUUGCAACAACCAAAGAAUUCUGUAUAUUAUCUGCCUCUCGCGAUAGAACCGCUAAAUUGUGGCACCCGGAAGGAGUAAAAGACUUUGUAAAUGUAGUAACUUAUAAAGGACAUAGUAACUUCGUAUCUUGUGUAUGUUGGUUGCCGCCGUGUGAAGCUUUCCCUGAAGGCCUGGUUAUAACGGGUAGUAAUGACAAUACCAUACUUGGUUAUAAUUUGCAAGAUGGAGUUGUUCAAAUUAAUUUGAAAGGUCAUGAAAAUGCAGUAUGCAGUGUAUCUCCAGGUCAUGAUUUUGGAGUUCUAAUAAGCUCUAGCUGGGACAAUACUGCCAGGGUGUGGAAUUUGAACACUCCACAAAUGUCCCCAGUUAUAUUAAAAGGGCAUGAAGCAGCAGUGUGGGCAGCCCUUGAACUUAGAAAUGGUACUCUUGCUACAGCAUCUGCAGAUAAGACUAUAAAAUUGUGGAGAAAAGAUGGGGCACUUCUUAGUACUUUAACAGGUCACACAGAUUGUGUACGUGGUCUAACUGUAGCAAGUGAGGACAGCUUCCUCAGUUGUUCAAAUGAUGCCUCUAUUAGAUUAUGGACGAAUAGAGGAGAAUGCCUCAAUACCUAUUAUGGUCACACAAAUUAUAUUUAUAGCAUCAGUAUGAACCCUGGCAUCCCGCAGGGCUUCGUGAGCUGCGGCGAGGACGGCGCGGUGCGCGUGUGGGCGGCCGGAGACUGCGUACGCUCGCUCCGGCUGCCCGCGCACUCUGUCUGGAGCCUCACUUGCCUCGACAACGGGGACAUAGUCACCGGUUCAAGUGAUGGUUUGGUGCGUGUUUUUACAAAAGACCCCGCGAGAUAUGCAGAUGAAACAAUGCUCAAACAAUUUGAAGAAGAAGUACAAAAAAUGCAGGCUGCCUCUCAACAGGAAAUUGGUGGAUUCAAAUUAUCUGAACUGCCGGGGCCCGAAGCACUAUUAGAGCCUGGUAAGUCUGAUGGACAAACAAAGUUGGUUCGUCGUGGUGAAAAUGUUAAAUGCUACUCUUGGAGCAACGCUGAAAACACUUGGAAUGAAAUUGGUGAUGUAAUGGGCGCAAAUCCUCCUAGCGAGGGUAAGACUAUGUAUCAAGGCAAGGAAUAUGAUUUCGUGUUCAGUGUCGAUAUUAAAGACGGCGCCCCUCCCAUCAAACUACCUUUCAAUAAGACUGAAGAUCCAUGGGUGGCUGCUCAAGCAUUCAUACACAAAAAUGAUCUACCCCAAGUAUAUUUAGAGCAAGUCGCCAAUUUUAUAAUCACAAAUGCGAAAUUGGAUUCAUUGCCAGCUACGAGUAAUGGGUUCGCCGACCCGUUCACGGGCGAGUCCCGCUACGUGCCGGGCGCCACCGCGCCCGCCGGCCUGCCGCCCCCCUCCGCCGCCGACCCCUUCACCGGCGCGGGCGCCUACACUACCGCCAGCGCCGCCGGCGCCGCGGACAAGCCGCUAGUGCCUCACGACGCGUAUAUACGAUUCGACCAAGCUAACUUAAAAGCAAUACACGAUAAAUUAAAGGAGUUCAAUAGUAAAGUAGGCGAUGGUCUAAAUGCAUUUACAGAUGAACAGAUAGAAAACAUUGUUAAAUUAGGUGAAUUGAAUUGUAAGUUUAAUACUGAAACAGUUAACUUACUGAAGAAAAUGCUAGAGUGGCCGAAAGAAAUACUCUUCCCUGUUCUCGAUAUUACAAGAUUAGCGGUUAGAAAUAAAGAAAUAAAUGGACAAAUAUUUGACACAAGUUACGGACCAAACUUUGUGAAAUACCUCCUCACGCUGCUUACCCCAGGUAAUCUGGCCGCCAAUCAAAUGCUCGCUAUGCGCGUGUUGGUGAACGCUUUCAGCGACCUGCCCGGCGAGAUGUUGGUGCUGGCUGCGAGAGAGAGCGUCACGCACGCCCUCAUCUGUCUCGCUCAGCUCAACAACAACGCUCAGGUUGCAGCGACUUCAUUAUUACUAAACUUGUCAGUGGCUCUCGCGCAGCAAAUCGAUAACGUAGAGCUAGCUGAAUGUAUCAUUGUUUUGUUGAAUAAAAUCACUGAUAAGGAAGCUUACUUUCGGGGCUUGGUAGCACUCGGGACCAUAUUAGCUGAAUCUCCAAACAAGCUUGUGAUACAAACGAAAAUUGUCUCAAAUACUCAGCUACAAAACAGGUUGAAAAAAGACAGUUCAACUUUUGAUCCAGACUUUAAGAAGAUAUCCAUUUGCUCUUUACAAAUAUUGAAAAUGUUAUGAACGAUAAUAGUGAUACUUAUGUCGAUAGUAUAAAGGCUGGUUAUUUAUUAACUAAUACAGAAAAUUAUUUUACAGCUUACAUACAAGAACAGUUUGUUUGUUUUUAAUGACGUCAAAUAAUAUCAUAAAGUGAUCCUUAAAAUCAUAGCAAUAAUAGGCUAUUUGUUAAUAUAAUGUUAAUAUACAAUACAUCAGAAUAAAAACUAUGCAUCGGCUAA